ACGCACCAGCAAACACAAUGACCUCGACCCUCGUCUUCCCCGGGUCCGAGAUCCCCAUCCCGUCCUCCUCAAAAGCCGUGACAUUUGGCCCAGGCAUCGCGGCGUCGUCUUCGCGCGCCGACCCAGACGACCAAACAGAGCCCCGCUUCGUCGCGACCCGCGCAGGACUGUUGACGUCGGCCAAGGCGAAGGACAGGUCCGAGAACCUCUGGGUUGAGGGCGUGUCGAAGCGCUACAUCCCUGCGCAGCGCGACCUUGUCCUUGGCACCAUUGUUGCGCGCCACGCCGAGGGAUACCGCGUCGACUUGGGCAGCGCACACAUGGCGGCGCUGGACGCGCUGGCCUUCGAGGGCGCUACGAAGAGGAGCAAGCCUAAUCUCAAGGUUGGAACACUGGUCUACGCCCGCGUGUCCCUCGCCCACCGCGAUAUGGAGCCCGAAAUCGAGUGUGUCGACCCCGCGACAGGCAAGGCGGAGGGCUUUGGCGAGCUGAAGGGCGGGUUGGCGGUCGACGUGUCGCUGCAGUUGUGUCGCCAGCUCCUGAGCCCAAAGCACCCCCUCCUCCCAGCGCUCGCCGCACGCAUCCCCUUCGAGACCGCUAUCGGGCUGAACGGACGGCUGUGGUUCAAGACGGCGGAGAUCGGGCAGACGAUCGCUCUCCGUCGCAUCAUCCUCGCUGUGGACGCUGGCGAGAUUGGCACGGACAAGGCGGACAUUGACCGUGCGCUGAGCGACUACCUUGCAUAGAGGAGGACGCGCUGUUGCGCACUGUACUUAUACUGUAGAUCUGCAUGGGCACCCUGCUGCAUAUUAUACCUCGCCAG